UCCAAACAUGGCUGAAUCUUGUUUGCGUAGUCUAAUUCAGUGGAUGCAUAAUGUUGUCAGGUUUUCCUACAAGGAAAAAAACAUGGUCCGUCCGCAAUAUGAAGAUUAUACGUGCUUAUUGGAAUCGGAAAAGAGAAAGGGUAGGUGCUGGAGGAAACAUGCAACGCAAGCGAGCACACAUGGUGGUAAGCAGCCGGCGAUCGUCGCAGGUGGCCGGAGCAGGACGGCGCCUGCGCGCGUGGCGGAGGGAGAUGGGGGUUGCGGGCUCAUGCCUCCUGGGCACGCCGCGGAGAGUUUGGUUAUGCGACAUCGGCCGCGGCUUGCCUGCCAGUGGCGUGCGACGGUUCGGCAUGACCGGCGGCGACCGCGAGGCCGUCAAUCAAGACAGCUUAGACCAAAAUUCCCCAACAUGGAAGCUGCAGCUCUAACGUUUGGCAACUCAUGUCAUCUCUUUCUUGAUCAACAAAGCCUUUGCAUGCCUGGACAAGCACCUCAAGGCCGAGGACAUGCGGCUUG